GUUUUCCUUGUUUAACGGUGUAGCUCAAAUUCGAAAACGACAAGUCCACCUUUUCCCUUUUGAUAACGUGCACCAACUUUUUCUGUUGGGCCGGCACUAUUUGCACUUUGACAUCUUGAGACCUGUUUUGCAACAUUAUAUUGUCUUUAUUGUUACUACAACUAGCCAUUAUAUUUGUUUGUUGCCUUUGUUUCAAUAAUUCAUAUACACAUAAUAAUUAAAUAGAGGUCUAUGAUGAGUACUUUGUACUUUGUAAUAACGACGCACACACCACACACCCAGUCGCUAGGACACUUUACUUGAAUCUGAUAAAUGAAAAUUUAAAAAGCAAAUAUUUUGGACAAUCAGCUGUAAAGGCAGCCCGAACACUGCCGAAGCUGUUUUCUAGUAGUAGGAAAAAAGAGGGGAAUAAUUUUAAGUGUUUAGACUAUGGCCUCUGGCGCAUCCACCUUAUAAUUGCAUUAUAUGAAAAGCUCUCUCUUUUCGUCUACUUGUUAAGUAACCCAGUACCACCAUAAGCAGUACCUAAUUAUUUGCGCUGACGUUAGCCUAGAAAAAAAAAAUCGCUGUCUUAACACGAUAACCCCGAAGAACUUGUCUGCCAUAAACAAAAACAAGUUAUCAAGAAGUGGUACCCAAUAAUAACAACAAAUUUGUGACGAUGGUACUAAUAUUUUUGAAUAAUCAGCGCGGGAAGCAACUUUGUCUAAAUUGGCAACAAGGCGUUAUUGAAAAGUGAGGCUAUGAAAACACAAACAAACAAUUUCAAAAAAUGCAAGACAAUGAAAAUAUGGAGUUGGAAGAGCAAGAUGGAGCUGACGAACAAGAAGAACCACCAGGGCCCAGUCAAGGUACUUCCUACCAGGACGACGAAGACGGUAGUACUUGUCCAGUGUGCCUGGAAGCCUGGACUAAUUGCGGGGAUCACAGGAUGUGUGCCCUAAAGUGUGGACACUUAUUUGGCCACAAAUGCAUUUUACGUUGGCUGGACGUCCAAACGAAAAAAUGCUGCCCCACCUGCAAAAAACCAGUACGCAGAUCAGACCUACGCUUCAUUUACGCGAAAAAACUCAUAGCUGUGGACAACGUGGAACUGGAAAGCUUACGAGUGCAACUAGAAACAGCCCUGGCUCAGAAAAACAGCGCCCUGCAAAACGUUUCAAAAUACAUAAGCAGAGAGCAUGUUUUAAAGGCGGAAAUAGAGCAGCUGAAACGCAGAGUGCAAGAACUGACUUCAGGCUGUAAAGCUACUGAUCUUAAACUGGCUGUAAACAGAGUCAGACUCUACAUGGAAAAAAACUUGGAAAUUUGCAGCAAAAACGGUUGCAGAGACUGUAAAGUGUUUGAUAUUUCAGUACAACAAGACGCAUUAUUAGUAACAUCUCGAGCCCCUUCAGACUUAUUUGGGGCCUUUGGUGUUAAACAAUUCUCAUUAAGCAACUACAAACCAAUCAAAUUUAUACCCAUCCACAAAGAACCAAUCAGAGACAUGUGUUUGCAUCCUACAGUUAAUUCACUAGUCUUAACUGUGUCAACUGAAAAGAAAUUCAAAGUUACUGAAACUCAUAACACCUCUUCACAGUCGGUCAGUUUGGAUUCAGCCCCUUGGGCUUGCACUUGGAAUCCAAGAAAUUCAAACGAGUUUUUUAUUGGUACUCAAAAUGGUACUGUUUCUUUGUAUGAUCUCAGAAAAAUCAUCGAACCAAAACUGAGCUUGUCAGUGCUGGGUGAUUUUAGCCCAGUGGUUUCAAUGAUUGCAAUACAAGAACCCAGUGGUUCUGAUAUUAUUGUUGCAGCUCGGUUGAAUGCUGUUUGGGCUUUUGAAUGUUAUCCAGAUGGUUCCUUUAAUAGACAUAUAUUACCAUUGGAAGGUCCUUUUUUGUCUCUGCGUUAUGACAAAGAAACCAAACAAAUCCUGGUUAGUUCCAGGCCCAAUAAAAACAUGCCCUUUGCCAGACAUACUGUGUGCCACCUGGAAAAAACUAGAGAUCCAGAUUUGAUUUCCUGUAAUACAGUGUAUUCGUUUAAAGGAGGCAGCACUGCAAAAUUACUAGCCAAAACAUCUUGUUUUGCUCCUAACAAUAUUGUAGCAGGACAUCACGAGACAAGAAAAAGUAUUUUGCUGUUCAGCGUCAACACUGGAGAAGAAGUGGGAUCUUGUCCUACUAAUGAUAAUUUGGUGUUUGACAUGAAUAGUUUUGAAACACCUGGGGGAGACAAAUUUUUGACUUACUUAAACGAGCGCAAAAUUGAGUUUUUUAAGUUCAAUGUAGCAUAAUGAUGAUAAGGAUUCUGUGAUUUAUAUUGUACCUACUACCUACUGAUUAAUAUAAUUUUUUUUUUGUAUUUAAUAAUGAAUGUCUUUUCUUUUGUACUGUCCAAUUAUCAUCAGCUGGGUGAUGAUUACACACAUA